GCAGAGCGGUUGCCUCCAUAACGUUAUAAAUCUAUCCAAUAAGUAAAAUAAGUUCAUGUACUUUUAUCCAGUGAAUAAAAUUAAGUUUCUUUAAAUAAUCUUUUUUUUAAAAAGGCAUUCAACGCUGUCCGCGUAACAUUUUGGUGGCAAAGCGGUGGGAUCCGACAUCGUAAACCAGGCCCGCUCGUGGACUCACCCCCGGAUCCCGUAAAAUCCUAAAUAAAUCCAAAAUAAAAUAAAUAAUCCAGUGCAGUGAGUGUAAAGUGCUACUGUGAAAGAAAAUAUCCUGUUGAGAGAGAUCUUGCAAGUGAUCUUUCUAUCCCGUGGUUGCAUCACUAGCCGCAACCCCCUACCCUUAAGCGAAGGGUGCCCGUAUCCAGCCCUUUGCCCUGUUCAACCCGGUGUCGCGAAGAAGACAAAGGGACCUAUUACAUCCUCUACUCCUCAUAGUCUGCAGCCUGUUUCGCUACCAACAUUACACCUCGAGAAGACAUUCAUCCUAGAAGACAUCCUUGCUCAAAUCCAAAUCACGCUAUUAUCCUGAAAGAAACAAGAAACAGUAAGCUGAACUACAUCGGAAUGUUCCCGGCCGCCGCCGUCGCGUUCUUAUCAGUCGCCCACAUCCUGUGAGUAGUGAGUCUUGGUCAUUGCUUUGUUUAGUCUAGACAUAACAUUUUAUUGCUUGUUACCUUAGGGUUCUGUUAGACUUUAUUUUUUGUGAACCAAAAGAAUUAUUGUAUCAUAAUAGUAUUAUCUUAUAAUGCCAAAAGUGCCUAAGGUUGAGGAAGGCGAGCUAUCUCUUAAUAUCCCUGAUCUAACCGCUAGCGAUACGGAAGAAAAAUCAAAAUCCGCCCCCGGCUCUCCUCGUAUCACAAGAAGAACCACAGCCGCUCUCGCGAUGUCUACUCUAGAAUUAAAUGUUCUUUUCAAAUUUAUUAAAUCAUACGAUGGUAGUCGGGAGACCCUUAAUUCAUUCUUAGUUAAUUGCGAUAAUGCCCUAAAUUUAGCUACCGAAAUUCAGAAACCCAUUUUAUUCAAAUUCAUCUUAAGUCAGUUAAAUGGCAAAGCCGAAGUAGCAUGUUCUAUAAAAGAAUUUCUAUCCUGGGAACAACUAAAAGAAUUCUUAAAAACCCAGUUCAGUGAGCGUAAACAUUACUCACAUCUUUUAACCGACCUUCAAGAAAAUAAACAAGGUCCCCAAGAAACAGUUAAUGUUUAUGCUCUGAGAACGGAAACAUAUCUCUCUCAAUUACUUACCGAAAUAUCACUUUCUACCUCUAAACCCAAAGAGCUCCCUGGUCGCACCGCAGCCAUGGAAGACCUGGCACUUCACCACUUCGUAAUGGGGCUCCAUCCCCGUAUAUCCAACAUCGUUAGAUGCAAAUCUCCCAAAACCCUCAAUGAAGCCAUUAACUUUGCGAUUUCGGAAGAACGUAUCCAGCAAACAAUAUAUAAACGUUCCCAACCUGAUACUAAAUCCAACUCUAAUAAUCAACAAAGCAAUAAAUUUAAGCCUAAUAAUUCUCAAAAACAAUCCUAUUACUCAAACCAACCGCAACCAAGAACCUCCAAUACAAUGACGCAAGGGACCUCCUCUAGCCUAUUUUGCCGUUACUGUAAAUUAUUUGGGCACGAUCUAUUAAAUUGCAAAAAACGGGAAUUUAAUAAUAACCGAUACAAAGUGAAUCAAAAUCCUCAUUCUAAUCAUGGAUCAUUUAGGCCACCCCCACGUGUGAACUUCCUCGAACAACCUGAUGAGGAAGAAGGUCACGAUGAAGUAGACCUCCAACCUAAUAAUGAUUUAAACGACUAAUGGGCUCGCGGCGGUGUCUCGCGAGUCCCAAAUCCAAAUCAUUACCUAGCACUAAUACCUUUCAAGACACCAUCUCUGUAUCCAAGGGCUACGACACGGGUAACCAGCCCCAAACUAACGCCCAUACCUCUGUAUCCAAGGGCUACGACACGGGUAACCAGCCCCAAACUAACGCCCAUACCUCUGUAUCCAAGGGCUACGACACGGGUAACCAGCCCCAAACUAACGCCCAUACCUCUGUAUCCAAGGGCUACGACACGGGUAACCAGCCCCAAGCUAACGCCCAUAUCUCCGUAUCCAAGGGCCACAACACGGGUAACCAGCCCCAAGCCAGCGCCCAUAACUCUGUAUCCAAGGGUCACAACACGGGUAACCAGCCCCAAGCUAGCACCCAUAUUCCAAAAUCGAACUCCUCUUCCUGCAACAAACGCAUUUAUGAAAUCAACAUAGAUACAACCAAAAGGCUAUUGCCUCAUGUCUUAUUAGAAUCCCAAAUAUCGGAUAUUCCAUUAUCACUACUAGUCGACUCAGGAUCUAGCAUAUGUUUAAUUAAGGAAUCCAGUAUCCAAAAUAAAAUGAAUUUAGUUAAAGAAUCAAUCAAACUCAAAGGCAUUGACCCCGGUGAUGAUCCAACCCAAACCGAAGGACACUUUCAACUCAAACUAAAAUUAGAUAAAAGAAAAUCCAUCUCUUAUAAAUUUCAUGUUGUAAAAAAUAUUAACCUACCUUACGACGGUAUUAUUGGUACCGAUCUUUUAACAGCUUUUGGUUGCAAAAUCGACUAUACUCAUGAUAUAUUAAAAAUAGGACCUUUAAAUGUUAAAUUACAUUUCUCAGAGCCAUUUUAUAUUAUUCCACCUCGGACAGAGGCUGUCGUUGAAUGCUCUGUCCAGGACACAGACCUCAAGGAAGGCAUCAUUGUAGACCAACAUAUUUCUAAUAAUAUAUUAGUAUCCAAUUGUAUUGUGAAAAUCAAAGAUAAUAAUCGCAUAAAUCUUACUGUAGCUAAUAUUUCCGAAAACUACGUUAAUGUCAAAACAAAUUUAAAACUUAAUGUACAACCAUUAUUCUCUGAAUCUUAUCCCGUCAAUACUAAUUCCCAAAGUACAUCUACAAGAACUAAGGAUGUAAUAAAUUCAUUAAGGUUAAAUCACUUAAAUCUAGAAGAGAGGGAUGCCCUCGUAGAGCUCUGCUCUUGGUAUUCUGACAUCUUUCACCUACCUAACGACCAACUCACUCAUACCCCUGCAAUCCAACAUCAAAUCAAAACUACUUCCGAUAUCCCAAUUCAUACCAAAUCUUACCGAUUUCCGGAAUGUCAUAAAAAGGAAGUAGAAAAACAAAUCGACAAAAUGCUCGAACAAAACAUCAUAGAACCUUCUUCUUCUCCCUGGAGCUCACCGAUAUGGAUAGUUCCGAAAAAAUUAGAUUCCCAAGGCCAGCGCAAAUGGCGCAUCGUAAUAGACUACCGAAAAUUAAAUGACAUCACUAUCGGUGAAGUCUACCCUAUACCACAAAUAUCUGAGAUUUUAGACCAAUUAGGAAACAGCAAAUACUUCACCACACUCGAUUUAUCUUCUGGUUUUCACCAAAUCUUAAUAUCUCCUGAAGAUGCACCUAAAACAUCGUUUUGUGUGCCUCAAGGCCAAUUCCAAUUUAACCGUAUGCCAUUCGGACUGAAAAAUGCCCCAUCUACCUUCCAAAAACUUAUGAAUAAUUGUCUUUCCGGUCUUCAGGGUACACGCUGUUUCGUCUACCUUGAUGACAUCGUUAUCUAUAGCUACGAUCUUCCCUCACAUAUUGAAAAUAUAAGAGCUGUCUUUGACAGAAUCCGUAAGUUCAACCUGAAACUUCAACCAGAAAAAUGCGAAUUUCUACGAAAAGAAGUAGCAUAUUUAGGCCACGUCAUAAGUGAAAUCGGAGUAAAACCAAAUCCUGAAAAAACAAAAGCAGUAUCCGAAUUUCCUAUCCCUCAAUCUCCCAAGGAUAUAAAAUCCUUUUUAGGUCUCGUAUCUUAUUACCGAAGGUUCAUACCAGAAUUUGCCAAACUCGCCAAGCCUCUCACAUCCCUCUUAAAAAAGGACAUUCCUUUCAAUUGGCAGAACGAACAACAACUAGCCUUUGAAUCCUUGAAAAAUAAACUCGUUACUGCCCCAAUCCUUGCUUAUCCUGAUUUCACACAACCAUUUCUUUUAACGUGUGAUGCCUCUAACUAUGCAAUAUCCGCUAUCCUAUCUCAAGGUCCAAUAGGGCAGGACCGCCCUAUUGCAUAUGCUUCUCGUACCCUCAAUAAAGCGGAAUGCAAUUAUAGUGUCACCGAGAAGGAAUGCCUGGCAGUCAUUUUCGGUACUAAAACUUUCAGACCCUACUUAUAUGGUCACAGAUUCACAGUCGUCACAGAUCAUAAACCCUUAGAAUGGUUGUUCAAAUGCAAAGACCCAGGGUCGCGCCUUAUUAGAUGGCGCCUAAAAUUAGAAGAAUUCGAAUAUGACAUUAAAUAUAAAAAAGGGAAAAUUAAUACUAACGCUGAUGCCCUCUCUCGGUACCCCGUCAAUCCUGUCCAACAUAAUGAUGAUCCUGCUCCUGAUUCUUCAAAAGAAGCGUCCUCUCAAUCUCCAACAACCAUAGAUAGAGAUCUAAUGGAUUUAUUAAUAUCUCCUGCCUCCUUCGAUCCAGAAGAAUUAGGACCAACAUCAGUGGAACCCCUCGACUUGGGUGACAUCGAUCCUUCCUUUCCCGAGAUUAACUUACCUACUUCCAAUCAUCCUGAUCCAAUCGAUAAUAACACUCUUCUUUUACCCGAAACUGAGUCUCUGCCUAAUAUUCAAAAUAAUGAAACUAUUAACUUACCUGAUAAUCCUGAAGUCCUUACACCCAGCGGUACGCCUACACAAGGCCCCGAAAACUCCUUAUCUCCUGAAAUCACAACAAGAGAAACUGCUGCCCCCUCCACUGUUAACCUGGAUUUACCUAAUGAUGAUUACUCCACCUUCCUAAAAGAAAUAAUGAAUAAAAAUAAACCUUUUAAUACUAAAAUAAUAGAACAUAACCAAGAAAUCACUAAAACGGAACAUAAAGUCAUUAUUCUCCCUACCUCUAUCGAUCUAGAUGAAUCAAACCCCUAUGUUCAAACCUAUCUUGAAAAUAUACCUGACAAUUCUGAAAUUUUAGGAAAAGAAAGAACCUUAAAUUCCUUCAUAUCGUUCAAUCUAGGUAAUAAAACAAUAUACCUUCUCUUUUUUAAAGUAUAUCACUUUGACAAAGCCAGUUACAAAGACCUAUAUGAAAGCCUAAAAGCACUCAGAAAUGAAUUCGUAAUUAACUUUGACUCUAUCCCUGAUAUUGCCAUAACUGAUUUCAAAAAUCCUUUCGAUACCCAUCAAUUUAUCAAAAUAUAUAAUAUGAUACUUUACCUUUUUAAUAAUACAAAUAUUAAUGUACAUAUAUAUAAAGAUAAAAUAAUAUACCCUUCACUUUCUGAAAUUCCCAAAAUCCUUAGAGAAAACCACGAUAUCCCAAUAGCCGGUCAUCUGGGCAUGAAUCGUAUGGUAAAAAGAAUCCAAGAAAUCUUUUAUUGGAAAAAUAUGCGCAGUGAUAUCGAAAAUUUUGUAAAGAAAUGCCCACAAUGCCAAACUAAUAAAGCCCUGAGACAGAUUAAUCGCGCCCCUAUGCAAAUCACAAGCACCUCUACUGAACCUUGUCAGCGCGUAUCCCUUGAUAUAGUCGGGCCUCUACCUGAAGCCGGACCUGCCAAAUUAAGAUAUAUACUAACAAUACAAGAUGAUCUUACAAAAUUCUCCUCCGCAUACCCAAUCCUCAGCACUACUGCUGAGGAAACCAGUGAAUGCCUGCUUCACUACAUAUCUAUCUUUGGUAUACCUAAAACCAUCCUCACGGAUCAGGGUACAAACUUCACUUCUGAACUCUUCAGGAAAACCUGUGAGUUCCUUAAAAUAAAGAAUUUGUGGUCUUCUCCCUACCAUCCACAAACCCAAGGUGCUCUUGAGAGAAGCCAUUCGACUCUUAAAGAGUACCUUAGGUCUUUUACUGAUGAAGAACAAACUAAUUGGCCUCGUUACGUAUAUACAGCUAUGCUCACAUACAAUACCACAGUUCAUUCCACAACAAACUUCACUCCAUAUGAAUUAAUGUUUGGUAAUAAACCGACACUCCCGAGUUCCAUCUAUGAAGACUCUUCUGCGGCAACAUACCCAGAUUAUGUCCGCAUGCUCCAGAACAGAUUAAGGUAUUCACGUGAAAAGGCUCUGGACCUCAUUAGGAGAUCAAAAGAGUCAUCCAAAACUUACUAUGACUCGCACACUCGCCCAUCUAAAUAUAAAAUAGGUGAUUAUGUGUAUUUAAAGAAUCAUUUGAGAAUGCGGAAAGCGCUCUCACCCCUCUGGAAAGGACCUUAUAAAGUAGUUAAGAUUAACGGUAACAAUACACUUACCUUGUUAAUAAACCGACGUCACGUCACCCAUCAUUAUGACCAGGUAAAACCUGCAAAUGAGUAAAGUAAAUAUUAGUAGUAAACAUAGAUAUAUAAAUAAUAAAUAAAAAAAAUAAUAAUAACAAUAAUAAAUAAAAAAUAAAUAACAAAAAAAAAUACUUACCUUAGUAGUCUUAUAUUAAUAAGUAAUGUUACUUACAGUUCAGCUCGAGGGCAAUCUCACGGAGAUUACAUCCAACCAAUCACCUUCAGUUCGGGCCUCUACUAUGACUACCUGGG